ACCGUUGCUUUUUUUUUUUUUACAUCGUUUACUCCAAUAAACAGUUCACGUUGUAUCGUUAAACGUAAUGAUCUUGGUAAAAUCUUGACGUUUGUGUUUAUUAAUUAAGUUACUCAGGGUCCGAUAACCAUGUCUCAGAGGAAGAAAGCGGGUCCAGCUUCUCAGAACAAAACUCAGAGACGAUCGCAGUUAUUGCUGGAGGAAGAUGAAGAUGCAACCUUCAGCCAAAUAACAUCAUCACAGGCUCAGAGAGCUCGAGAGAACUUCACGUCUGACCAAAUAGACCACAAGGUGGCAGAGGUGGUCCAGUUCAUCUUGAUUAAAGACCAAAAAAAAAUCCCCAUCCGAAGAGCAGACAUUGGAAAACAUGUGAUAAAGGACUACAAACACAUCUAUGCGGAAGUCAUGAAGAGAGUUUGCCGUACAUUUGAGCAGGUAUUUGGAUUAAAACUAGUGGAGAUUGAUCUCAAACAACACAUUUAUAUUCUGAUCAAUAAACUGGAGCCUAUUCGUGGACAAACAGUGAGCAUGCAUCCUGGAAACCAAAAGAUGGGUCUGCUGUUUGCCAUACUUAGUGUCAUUUUUAUGAAGGGUGGUACCGUCAAGGAGAAUCUGGUGUGGAAUACACUCAAGAAGCUGCGGGUGGAUCCAGGGGAGAAGCAUGAUGAGUUUGGAGAUGUAAAGAAAGUGGUCACUGAAGAGUUCGUACGGCAGAAAUAUCUGGAGUAUGGAAAGAUUCCCCACACAGAGCCAGUGGAAUAUGAAUUUCGCUGGGGUCUGCGGGCAGAGAAGGAGGUGUCUAAACUCAAACUGCUGGAGUUUGUUGGAGAGCUUUUUGAUCAGGAUCCUCAGAGCUGGACACAGCAGUUCAGAGAGGCCAGUGCAAGUGAAACCAGCAGCCAGUCAACAUGAGCACCUUGAUCUGCAUGUAUAUUUAAAACUAUAAGCAAUAUUUAAAUUCAUUCUUAAACUCUGAACUGAAGCUCGGUGUACUAACAAAAAUCGUUUAAUACUAAACAAUCUCAUUGAGCUCUAUAAUUUUGUGAAAACGGUUUACUUCAGUUUUUUAUUUGUAAUACUUGUUUGUAUUCCAUAAACACAAUAAAGUUGUUUUACAUUUUUCUUAUUCAC